AUGUUAGGUCCUCUCAAUAUUAAUCUAGCCGACUUCAAUGUUUCAUGUGAAAAUGGUUUUCUGCCGGAUGAAACCCCCCUGGAGCGGUUGCAAGAAACGUAUCAGGAAUGGGAGGCCAUAAUUGAGAAGUUGCCAUUACUAUUGCAGACAAAAUCUCUCCGAGCCUCAAUAGACCGUAUGCAAAUAUUAUCAACCGAUCACCUCAAAUCAGAACCAGAAUGGCAGAGGGCCUAUUUGAUUCUCUCUUUCUUCACUCAUGGCUACAUUUGGGAAGCUGGCGGCCCAUCUCAACGAUUACCGCCACAAAUCACAAUACCCUUUCUCAAAAUAUCACACCACUUCGAUCUCCCAACAACAGCUACUUAUUCUGCCUUGAAUUUAUGGAAUUUUGCUGCCAUCUCACCUGAUGCCGAUAUCAGGAAGAUCGAGAACCUCAGAUCAUUGAGCACUUUCACAGGUGGUGAAGACGAAGAAUGGUUCUACUUGAUUUCAGUAACCAUCGAGGCUCACGGUGCUCGCGUCAUUCCGACCAUGAUGAAAGCUAUCGAUGCUGUCAGAGCGAAUGAGUCUAGUGUGGUUACUGAUGCUUUGAUCCAAUUCUCACAUUGCGUCCAAGAGAUCGGAGAAAUAUUGAAGCGCAUGACAAAGAAGUGUAGACCCCAAGUUUUCUACAAUGAGAUCAGACCUUUCCUCGCAGGAAGCAAGAACAUGGAGGUAGCUGGCCUACCAAAUGGUGUGUUUUACGAUGAGGGAGAAGGAAAGGGACAAUGGCGAAAGUAUAGUGGCGGUAGCAACGCACAGAGUUCUCUAAUUCAAUUCUUCGAUGUCAUUCUUGGAGUCCAACACUCUCCAACAAAAGGCUCUAUAGGGCUAAAGAACGGGUUCCUUCGGGAAAUGCGCAAAUACAUGCCAGGCAAACAUCGAGAGUUUUUGCAACACAUUGAGUCGGUUUCCAACAUCAGAAGUUACGCCGAGACCACAUCCGAUAACCAGGUCACCGAAGCAUACAACCGAGCUGUCGAAGAGCUGAAGAAAUUCCGAGAUGUUCACAUUGGCAUUGUCACCCGAUACAUCAUCAAUCCGGCAAGACAACAUUCUCCCGCAGCGAAUGCGGGGCUGAACCUCGCUGUAGCAUCAGCAAACCCGUCUUCAACAAAGGAGUUGCACGGUACUGGUGGGACACAGCUUCUUCCUUUCUUGAAGCAAAGUAGAGACGAGACUAGAGAUACAAGGAUACCUUGAUGUAGAGAUAGUUUUUUUGCAUAAGGCCAGAUAGGGCAAGCGUUGGUGGCAAUUUUUGGCGUAGCUUAGACGGGCCACAUUGCUUUGGGUCCUAUGGGAG